AUGGCAUCAACAGACGAGCCUCAAUCCCUCCGCACAGCCUUCGAGGAAGCCGAAUCCAAACGACGCCUCCUCGAGUCCUCCCCCGACGCAACAUCCCCCACCUAUGCCUCUGAUCUCAACUCUGUCCUCGCCCUCUACGCCCGCGUGCUCGACAAAAUUAGCUCCGUAUCCCUCUUCUCGCCCAACGAGGGUCUUGAAGACAUGGCCACUUCGUCCCUGCCCUACAUCCUCGUCAACUUCACCAUUGCCGAGCUCGUCCAGCGCACACCCUUUACCGUCCCUGCGCGCCGGAAGCUCGUGCUCCGCGCCGCGAGGGACGCCUACGAGCGGUUCCUGUCUCUCGCCGACGGAUACGGGCUCGUCUCCGGGCCCUAUGCCAAACUCCUAGAGCGGUACAGGGACGACGAGGAGCAAUUUGCCGUAGUUUCGAAAACGGGCGACAUGGCGAGUAAGCGGGACGCCAAGAUUGCCAGCUUCAAGGCCGAGAAGGGACUCCGAGAAAAGCUGGCCCUGCUGAGGAGUGAUGGCAGGUAUGUCGAAAAGGACGAGGAGGCGGCGCGGGAGGUGUAUCUCGCGGAUGUGGCGUGGAAGAUUCACCAGACCUUCCAGGGGCUGGAGGGGCUGAAUCGCGAGGCGGAGAUGCUGGCCAUGGCGCCGGACCCGGACCCGGAGACCUCGGCGCGCCAUGCGAGGGAAGAGGCGGACGAUGCGAGCGUGAGGCUGGACCAGCCGUUUGGGAGGAGUGGCAGGGCUGGCGGGCCGCUGUUGUCGCGGGAGGGGAGGCCGCUGCAGCCGUUUACGCUGGUCGGGUCGAGGGCCGAUCUGGCGAGGGGCGUGUUUCGGCCAGGGCAUAAUCUGCCCACCAUGUCUAUUGACGAGUAUCUCGCGGAGGAGAAGAGGAGGGGGAAUAUCCUGGAGGGCGGCACGGAUCCGCCCAGGAUGGAGGUUGAUGAAGAUGAUAUGGAUGCGGUGGAUAGGGAGACGUAUAAGGCCAGGGAGUGGGAUGAUUUCAAGGACGACAAUAGGAGGGGCGCCGGGAAUACACUCAACAUGGGAUAA